AUGGCAGCACCUCUGAAGAAUAUCAUUGUCGUGGGAGGAUCAUAUGUGGGAAGAGCCACUGCCCAAGAGCUGGCACGAGUCAUCCCAGAAACACAUCGGGUCCUCCUGAUUGAACCGCAUAGCCAUUUUCACCAUCUCUUUGCUUUUCCACGCUUUGCCAUUGUACCCGGUCAAGAACAUAAAGCUUUCAUCCCGUACACCGGAAUCUUCUCCUCUGUUCCCCGUCCGUCCACACAUGCAGUGGUCCAAGCGAGAGUACUUUCGGUAAAUCCGCGAUUUGUGACGCUGAAUCGCCAGUGGCAGGAUUCCAAACAGAUCCCCUACGAGUAUCUAGCCAUUGCCACUGGAACUCGGCUCGCUCGGCCGGCGGGUAUGAAAGAUGACGACAAGGUGUCCUCCGUCGAGUACUUGCGAGACCACCAGGCCGAUAUCAAGCGGGCCAAGUCGAUCCUGAUUGUCGGUGGAGGCGCUGUCGGGGUACAGAUGGCAACCGACCUCAAGGAGUACUAUCCCGAUAAAGAGGUCACUCUUGUACAGUCUCGGGCACAAGUCAUGCCUCUAUUCCAUGAGCAGUUGCACGAGCUGAUCAAAAAGCGAUUCGACGAGCUAGGGGUCCGACUUAUUGUCAACGCUCGCGUCAGCGUACCUUCAGAAGGAUUCCCUACCGAUGGAAAGCCAUUUGAUGUGCAGCUUACCAACGGCAGCAGGGUUUCGACGGAAUUCGUCAUUCUGGCAACGGGCCAACGGCCUAAUAAUGACCUUUUGACCAGUUUGACCCCUUCCAGAUCUGGCUCGUUGAUCAAUCCGGAUAACGGGUUUGUCCGGGUUCGGCCUACUUUGCAACUACAAGAUGAAAACUUUCCGAAUAUCUUUGCUGUCGGUGACAUUGCCGACACUGGUGCGCAAAAGGCCGCUCGGCCAGGAUCCGUGCAGGCCCGCGUGGUCGCCAGGAAUAUCCAAGCGUUGAUUGAAGGACGAAGAGCGGAGGAAGAGUAUGCACCGCCGCCUGCAGCCAUUCACCUCACCCUUGGCAUGAAAUUGAAUGUCAUAUUCCGCAAUCCGAACACUGCAGAAGGACAGACCGAACCCUGGAUAAAUGAGAAGACCGAUGGCCGAGAGGACAUGGGAGUAGAAGGCUGGUGGGAGAGGCUGGGAGUUCAGGUUGAGAACCCUCGCUCGUACCAUCUGUAG